AUGUUUUUUUUCAUUCCAUUCACUCUUCACCCUUCAUUAACAACAUCACAACUCACUACCUUUGCCGCCACCCACCUCCAUCCCCGCCACCGCCACCGCCGCCAUCCACCAUCGCCGUUGCCACCUCCGAUCACCGCCACCACUCACCUUCGAUCAUCGCCACCACCAUCGCCGCUGCCACCUCCGAUCACCGCCGCCGUUGCCACCCACCUCCGUCAUCGCUAUCAACCACCACCACCACUACCACCUGUCACCAACGUCGCCACCGCUGCCACCUCUGACCACCGCUGCCACCCACCUUCACCGUCACCCACCACCACCACCGUUGUCACCACCCGUCGCCGUCUCCACUCGCCGCCGUCUCCACCCACCACCACCCUCGUGUAUGCAAAUAUUAAAGAGAUUGAAAGAUUAGCUGAUAAGGGCCAAAGGUUACUUGAGUUCUGCAAUGCAAACUGGCAACAAUAA